AUGCAGGCGCACAACCCCGCUGUCGUACUGGACGUCUCGGCGUUUCCCCACAUCGUGGACCGGGUCGUGUUCGCUGCACCGGUGGAUGUCCUCGCAUCGUUCCGUCUAGUAUCGCGCCGCUUCCGUGCGCUGGUGGACAACCUGACGACCUCCCACCUUAUUCUCGAGGGUGUCUCCACAACCGUUUUCCCUGCAGCCGUGUUGCACAAUGGAGAGCGUCUCAUGAUGCGGCACUCUGACCCCACGCCCACCGCUGGAUCAAUCUGGCCUGCUCACACCGCGCUGGCAUUCACUCGCGUCCUCGACCUGAGGGGUACAUUACCCGGGGCUGCUCUCAAACUACCCCUCCAGCUGCAUACCCUUAGGUUAUACGAGCACUACGCUGCUGCUUUGGGGCCGGACGCACGCAAGACGCUGAUCUGGGGCCCUCCAAGUUAUCCAUCAGCCCGCCGGAUCGUGGUCUUCUCGACCUUUGAACAAUGUGCACACGUCAAGCACCGACCGCAGAUACUGUACUACCCGCCUAGCGUAAGAGAGGUCGUACUCAACUUGAAACUUCCUGGGGUCGGCAGGAAGUGGGGGCGCCUUGACGUGCCGGGCGCGCCGCCUGAGCUCGAACACGUCACCGUAAUCCUUACACCAAGCCUUCAACCGAACCCCGCCAGUCUAUCCCUGGGCGAAGAUCCGCCGCUUGAUGAAGACGAGCUCGACAGUCCAAGGACUCGGGCGGUCGAGGACCUUGUGGCUGUUAUCCGACGCCUUGGCGCGCCAGCUACCGUCAUCGGGUCAGAGCACCUCGACCGGAAAUUAGUCGAGCGUGGCCUGCUCGUCUCGCUUCGAGAGGUAGGCGUGGCUUUACGGCGUGUCGAUGAGGUCCGGAAAGAGAUUGGCGAUCGGGAGUGGGAUGUGCUCACUUGUGAGGCCCCUCUGCCCUCUGAGAAAUGGAUCUCUCGACCGCGAUGA